AUGCAACAAGACACCAGCGCGUUCGUCUUGCUCGUGUUUAACCCCGAUGGGUCGUCCGAUGAAUACUUUGUGCGCGGUACAGAGACUGUCCUCUCGCUAGGCGUCGAAAUCGCGUAUUGUCAGGGCAUGCCGGUCGACGACCAGGCCUUGACCAUUCGUGGCACCGACGUUUACGUCCGGCCGGUUCAAGUCAGUCCUGCGUUGCAACUCCACGGGCUCCUCAUCGGUAGGAGCACACGAAUCGAGCUAAGCCGUAUGGUCACGGUCACAGUACGAAAGACCUGGUGCCUUGAGACCAAAAGCUUGCGCCUGUUCCCGUUUGACAAUAUGGGAACCGUCGUAGAGUACAUCCUCGAUAGACGAGACCCGCGUCCCUGGCAGAUCCGAGUUUCGUACAAAGGGAAGCAGAUAUUCCGGGGCAACUACACAAUCGACGGCAUGAGACCGUUGGAUGUCACUCUACGAUCGACGGGGAUUGCCGACGACCCCUUCCCCAACCUCAUCGCCACCCUGGUCGUGAACGAAGGUUCGAGCUGUGGGACAUGUGCAGGUGCAACAAGUGACGAAGGAGAUGGAGACGAUGGAGACGAUGGAGACGAUAGGGACGAUGGAGACGAGAAGGACGAGGGAGACGAGAAAGAGGAUGGUGCCAAGCAGGGCGAUAGAGACGAGAAAGACGAUGGAGACGAGAAGGACGUUGAAGGCACCAUGGACACUGGGGAGAGAGGACUUUUUUUGCACAGCGAUGAGUACGAUACCUCGUAG